CUCGUCUGUGGCCUCCAUGUUUCAGCUCUUACGCUUCAAACCCAAUUUCGUUGUUGAAUGGAGAGCAGCUCAGGUAAUCGGUGGCUGUUGGCACACAAAGAUAAGCAGUGCAGUGAUUUGCGCACUACUGCAAGUGGUAGAGUACGUAAAUGUGUCUCAUUUGGAAACAUACUAGAUCAAUCGUUUGUGGCUGUCACCUUGUUGGUAGUGAUCUAUCUACAAUGUUCAGUCCAAAAAGUCGAGUAAUGUAGGUACGCAACAAUACAUACGUGUGAAGUAUUGUAAAUGUGACAAUUUUUUGACCACAAUACAGAGAUUCCACAAAAACACUGUCUUUUUUCUUCUUCACACAUACAGAAAUACACGUCGCCUACGUACUGUGAAAGUAGCUGAGAGUCUGCAAAAAUCAAUGUGAUAUGUUUUAAAUACUCCUGUUGCUCGCGAUUAGUACAAAAAUGUACGAAAUUUGCAUGUUUAUAUUUGUUUUGUCAACUACUCAUAUUUCAUAUGGUUCGGAUCAGGUGUGGACUUCAUUCCAGAGGAAUGUCCAGAAAAGUAAUAGGGAAGAAUUGAUAGUAACAAAGGUAGAAGCUGAAGAAAAUUUCAUUUUUAACUCGACAGUCAAACAAUGGAAGAGUAUCGUAUCGGGUCCUACAUGCUAUUCUGUUGGUUUUGCUGGCAGUAAUAUCACUAUUCUAGUCAGUAUACUCAACUCCACCUUAAACGGUUUCAGUAUCCAUAAUUUUUCAAUAGAUUUAGGAAGGACACCAACCAAUAUUGAGCUUCUUAGCAUUCGUAUCAAUGGUAGAGCAGAAGCAGCUGUGAUAGCAUCAUUCUCAACCUCGCCUCAGCUAGUGUGGUCUUGGAUUAAAAAUAAUUCUGCGAGUUCAUUUUGGUCAUGGAAUACGGAGAAUAAGAAAGUUAACACCAUGAAAGUAUUCAAGAUUGGAGGUCAGCACACCAUAUCGUUCAUAUAUCAAGAUGGUAAUGAGACUCGGCUGAGCUUAUACGGGUUUAAUCUAACAAGAAAUGGAAUAGAGCCUAAUCGCUGGUUCAUACACUCCACCAUCUUAAUUGAACCUGCAAACUCUAUAGCCUUCAACCAGUUCCGAAAUGAAUACUACAUUUCUGUACCUCAGACGAAAUCAAACCUCGUACAAGUUUUCAAAUUCUCAAACAAUAUCCUUCACCCAUACAAAAGAAUACCAAGCAAUAAUGUAAAAAGUGUAACGUCGUUCGAGAUUGUCUUCAGAAGCUUCAUUGCCGUGGAUGGACAGUCAGCAGGAAUUUUGGAAUUCUUGGAAAGAGAUGUCAUCAGGUGGAAUGUGUCCAACAGCAAUCUCAAUGGUAUUCACUAUUGGUUACCUGUUCCUGUGGAUACUCUGAGAGAUGAAGUGAUUUUGUUUGCUGAGAGAGAAGUCGAUCAUGGGUCGCAUAAAUCGUUUGACAUUGAGAUUAUCACGUACAAUGGGGUUAAGUUUGAAGAGCAUGAAGAUGUACAAUGCCAUCACUUUGGCGAAAAGACAAAUAGGCUGGUCUGCCUCUCUGGAAUUGAAGGAAUGGUGGGCUCUAGCUACAUAGUUCUUGGGGAUAUAAUGGGUUUGAUUGUACCAAGGCCUCAGGAAAAGAAGGUUUUGUUAUUUUUCGUGAACACUGCUAUCAGGAAGAUAGAUAAUCCAAAGAUCAAAGAUUUGGAAUAUUACAAGAAAUUAAGAAAGGAGUUAGAAAAAAUCAUCAACGAAUCCGAAUUUCACUUGGCAGAAGUGAAAAAAUAUAAAUCAGUACAAGAGAAUAGAUCAAAGCUGCGAUACGCGAAUGUCAGAGAGAGUAUCGAACCUAAAAAUAUUUCUAACUACUCUAAAAUCCUUCAAGAGCUGUCUCGUGAAGUAGAAGCUGUGGCCAGUAAAGUAAAAGAGUUAAUUGAUAGAGAAAAUAGGACCCAUUAUGAAUCUAUUACUAUAAAUGGAUCAGCUGUAUUCCAAGGGCCAGCAACAUUCAGUGAAGCUGAACUAGAAAUUGUGAACGACGAGCCGGCAAACAAUUUACUCCAAGACAUUGUCAGGAAAGACAACAUUAGCGAGCCCCUAUCUAACAAAACGUUCACAAAUCUCGAAGCUAGCGAAGUUAAUUUCCAAAAGGUGAAUGAUGUUGAAGCAACUGAAAUUAUCUACCUGAACGACACCGCUCCGACAAUCAAUGGAAACCUAAUUUUUGAAGAGCCUGUCGAAACUGAAAAUAUUGUUAGUGCUUUGAGAGGAAAUAGCAGCGAAGGUGGUGAGGAGGGAAGCCGGAUAAUAUCCAAUAGAACACUGCAUUUUCCAGCAAACAUUACAGUAGAUUUUAUCAACGGUGUCAAUUUCACUGAAUUCACGCGCGGGUUGUGUUUGGUUAACGCUGAAUGCUACAUACCAGGAACGGUCAUAAUAAAUGGGAACAUUAGCUCCACGAACGCUGAAAUAUUCCAGCUAAAUGGGCUAAAAUUCCCAGAUGAGUAUAUGUUUGAUGGUGAUGGAACACAGGCAAAGAUUACAGGUCACAAAACGUUUGUAAAUACCUUAACUGCAAAUGAAGUUAGCGUUGUAGAGAAAAUAGACGGCGUGAAUCCCAAAGAAAUCAUAACGCUUUCCACUAAUCAACAUAUUCCUACAAAGCUAACUUUCCAGUCUCUUCAUGUCACAGAGAAGCUGAAUGUAACAGGAAGAAUUUUAGAUGAACAUGGACACACGUUUGCACAAAAACCAACUUUGCAACAUUCAAAUAUAUUGCAGGCUAACGUAAAUUUCAAAGAUCUCGAAGUAGAUGGAAAAAUAAUAGUUGGCGAACAUUUCAAUGGAAAAUCCUUUAAGGGAAUUCUUGAAGAUAUUGUUUAUCAGGAUAAGCCUAAAGCUACCAUAAGCGCACUGAAGAAAUUUCCUCAACCAAUUAGAGUCCUGAAUCGACUAAACAUUACAACAUACUCCAUAAAUGACGUUAAUCUCCCAUCGCUGGUCACCAAAGACAAGCAACAAGCUUUAAAGAUGAAUCGCUUAAACGGUGAAGUCACCAUUCGCAAUCUGCAUCUAUUAGGUGAUUACAAUGGGAUAAAUGUCACCAAGUUGGAAAAGGAGUUAGUUAUGCUGACUGGAGACCAAUACGUAGGAUCUACAUUAAUCUUCAUGGAUGAGCUAGAGGUGAAUGACUUUAAGAUAGAAAAGCUGAAUGACGUCUUACCAGAAGAGUAUUUUUAUACCACCGAUAAUAAUACUAUACAUGCGAAUAUGGAGUUCGAUGAUGUGCUGGUCAAAAACCUAGUAGUAAACAAGAACGUGGAAGGGAUUUCUUCUAGUGAUGGUCUGUUUGAUGGUUUGGAUGGCAAAUAUCUAAGCAUCACCAAGAAUCAAAGCAUAGACAGUAACUAUUUCAUAGGGCUUUCAAACGUAGAAGACAUGGUUGUGGAUGCAGUAAACGAUAUCAGUAGCAAUUUUUCAUCUCAAAGUAAACUUUUGGAGGUAAUCAAACAGGCGCUCAAUCAAAGCACUUUACGAGUAAAAGAUUUACAUUUCGAAGAAUCGGUGACCGUCAAUAUCGUUAAUAACAGGACUAUAAACAAUUUUACUAAUAACCUAUUACAACUUCUGAAAAAUGAAGCAUCAAACCUGACUGUGGAGGGAAAUGUAUUCUUAGAUGAUAUAGAUAUUGAUAGAUUUGGCAAUACAAAUUGGAGUUCGCUUGUUGCGAACCUCAUCUUCAAAAACAACACCAACUUUAGUGUUAAAGAUACGAAGACUUUCACCAAAGAAUUAUCUAUAGAAAAGCUGAUUCAGACAGAAAAGCUGAACAACGUUUUCUUAGACAAUAUACUGACUAAACAAGGCGAACAGGUAUUGAAAGGAGAUAUACUCAUGAAAGGGAAUGUGUCAUUUAUGGAUCUGGAGCUUCAAGAUGAUCAGGGUGUAUUCAGUAAACUAUUAGUAGAAAAUGGAACUUUCGUUAUCACUGGUGACAUGGUAUUUUCACGAAUGCCGCAUAUAAAGAAUUUAACCUUUGAUGGGAGCAUCAAUGGCAAGGAUCUGGAGAAAGAAAUUCGUAACAUGUAUUCUAUAGAUAACGCAACAGACAUUAAUCUGAUGGUAAUAUUUGAGAGGCCGGUGAAUAUUUCAGGAAAUGUACACGUGACAAAUUCUCUGAAUAACAUCUCACUGUCGGAUGCAUUAUCGAAAAUUGUUAUAAUUGGAGAAGACACCAGUAUUUCUGGCGUUGCUGUAUUUACUCAUCCAGUACUAAUCAAUGAAAGUCUCAUAAUAGAACGCAACUUAAUCACCCAUCAGUUGUCUGGAUUUAUUUUGGAUGACUGGAGGGAUAGAGCUAUUCUGUUGAACAGAGGAUAUUUGCCAGGAAAUUAUGUUUUUGAAGAAGUCAUUGUAAAGGAUAACCUUAUUACUAAGAAGGUAAACAACAUGAGUAUGGAGAAGAUCAUACCUUUGGUAUCCAACCAAAGUAUUGCCGAGUUGCAUUUCGAAAACGUACUUCUAAUCAAUGAUAUAACUGCUGUGAAUACUGUUAACGGUCGUAACUUAUCCGAAGAAUUUGCGAAUAGCUUCAUGUUAGAUGGAGAUCAAUAUGUACCAUCGAUGAUAUUCGCGAACAACGUGCUAAUUCGCAAAAACCUGAAUACAUCUUUACUAAACAACAAACCAGCCAAAAAAGUUGUCACUAUAAAUACCGAUCAAGAACUGACAGCUAACUACGACUUCAAAGCCAAAAUUACCAUUCAAGGCGACCUCAACGUGCACGGUCUCCUCAACGGAAUCGAUACCAAAAAGUGGAGAGACAAUCUGCUGAAAGUGUCUGGAGUAACGAAGCAGAAAAUUAACAGGUCGUUAGAUGUUACUGAGAACGUUACUUUCGAGGAAAAUGUUGACGGUGAUGGAUUGAUCGCAGGCUUGGACUUGGUAGAAUUAGUUGAAAAGGUUGAUGAGAUCAAACUGAAGAAAUUAGAAGUUGAUCGUGGUGUGAUCGAUGAUUACAACAAUAUCUGCACGGACAUCAAAUACCUGAGUGGAAUGACAGCUAGCCAAAUCUAUAAAUUCAAAUAUUUUGAAAUGUGGGAAGAAAUGGUUUUCGGCUAUUUCAUCCGUCAUACCUUCUACUUUGAAUUCAACAACAGCAGAUACCUGCUAGUAAAUGAAGACAACUGCAAAUCACACAUAUUCGUUUUCGGAAACGAUGUAUUCGUACCAGUCACAACUACUGAGACUGGUGAUAUAUCACAAACUAUAGCUGUUCGAGAUGGUGAUAAGGCGUUAUAUCUUAUUACAAACAACCAGAAGCCAAACAAACCUGGAAAAUGCUCUAAUAGUGGCACGAAUGCUUGGGUGUUUGAAGACAGAAAGCUAGAGUUAAUGUUCAAAAUGGAAGACAUGCUACUUCUGCAAGACUCUCUGAUACCGAACACAUUUUAUGGAUUGGAUCAAAAUGGAGUAUCAGAGCUCGUCAUUCGUCCAUCUUUGAGAAGUUAUCUUCCAGUUCGGAAAUGGAUCUUCUCAAGCGAAAAUGCCAAGUUUCUGCCUAGAGGGAUGCAGACGGGUUUGACACUGUACAAUGAAAAGAAAUUAAUCCAAUUGAACAGAAUAAACACCCCACAGGAAAUGAGUGAUGAUAAUGAUCUGCAGACAGUACUGCGAGGUACUCUCCAUGAAAUUCCGAACAAGCUUACGACCAAACAAAUGAAUGGCACCGUGAUUGUUACUACAGUAGGUACCAGGGCCUCCAAAGAGACCUUAUUGGUAACAACAGAAAAGGAUGACAGAGGAACAGAUUUCAUAAAUGUAUUCUCCAAUCCCAUCGAAGGAGAUCUCUUCCAAAGAAUACCAGUUAAUAAGCCUUCAUCGAUAUUGUCUUUAGAUUUUGGACAAGGGCAGACCUUAUUGGUAGUUUUGGAAGAUGAAGGAGUUUUGAAAGUUUACGAAUACAAAGGUAUCGAAGGCUUCAAGUUGAGUAACUCGGCAGAAGUAUCAGGUUCUCAGCUAUUUUCGAUGUCAUUGCCUUUAUCACCACAGAGAAAAACUACGAAAGUUAUUGGCGUGGUUGAUGGGAAUAAAAUAAAAAUUAUUCGAUCUGUGAUGGUCGGCGCCCGAUAUAUCGAUGAGGAGAAAUGCCACUUGAAUUUGUGAUUGUCCUUUGUGUACUUUUGUCUGAUUACAUACGUGUUAAUAAACAUAUAUGUAUAUUCAUUGAGUACUUAUUGAAACUAUUUAUUAUAUAUUAAAAUGUAUCAUUAAAGGAAAUUGUGAAACUAG